AUGUCUUUGGUAGACUCGAAUUCAGUAGAUGCGGUUUUAACAAUGGGCAGAUACAAGAUUAAAGGUGAAAUAAAUGUGAUGAAUGCAUUUGUGAACAGAAUUUGUGUAGUACAAUCUGUUAACCGGUCGAAUGAUUUAAUCCAGAGAUACGUCAGUCUACCGGAUAUACUUGGAUCUGACUUAUGUAGUUAUGUUUAUUUUAACGAAAUUACAGUGCAUGGUUGCCUUCCUGAUAAAUUUAUUGAUUUCCACGAGUUGAGUAAAUCAAAUAAAGUAACAGAGAAAGUAAUUAAACAGAUGGUUUCAUGGAAAGGAGAUGCAAUAGAUUCAACAAUCAAUGUUAUUCUGGGUGAAGAUACGCAUGUUAAAUCAUUUGUUAUAAACCAUGGGGUUUCACUAUACUCUGGAGAUUUGAAAACAAGGGUAUAUUUUACCAAUGACUACCGCAAACCAACUUCUGAGGCUGAGUUCUCAAAUUACAAACUCCACCAUGAACUGAAAACCAAUUCGGGUAAUUUUACCCAAAACAUACUGAUAUCUCCACUAGAUGAUACUUUCCGACGAGUCAUGUUUUCACUUGAUUGGUGCUAUUAUGGAAGUAUUUACACAGUUGAAUGUUCGUCCCACCAUCUGACUGACGUUGAUUUGUGGCUACACAUUUGUCAGUUAGGUCAGUAUGCAGUUGAGCAUUGGUUUGAGCUUAAGAAUGACUCUAACGAUGAGGUGGAAACACUGACAGACAAUGAGGAAGCUUUAUGCGGUUACGAUUACACAAAUUUAUUCACUUAUAUAUUUAUCAAUAACAAAAAGAUUCCAACAAUACAUGCUGAAAUGCUCACAACCAAAAGAUUGAUUUACAUUGCAAUAAAAACUGGAGUCUUCUUUCACCUUGAUCUCGGUAUUGUUUGGAAAACAAAUUUAAGGGAUCGUGUGGACACUUCGUCUUCAGGAUAUUUAAACCAUAUGGACAAAAGCGCGAAAGUAUGUGUUCCUGUAAAUAUUCAAACUGCUUUGGAAAAUUUGGAUAAAAUAAACUUUUCUAUUCACUGGGAAAGGAAGGAAUUAAUUGUUUUUCAUGAAAAUGCUGGAGUAAUCUUUAAAUCUCCGUUGGAUGAUUGUAGUUUCAAUGAGAGAGAUUUUGACCAUUGUUCUUCGACUACGGUAUCAAAUUUAACUUGUUUAAGUAAUCGGUACAUUUUAACCAAAUGCACAGUUGAAGAAUUCAGAUCAAUUUGGCAUCCUCAACCGUUCAUAGUGAAAAUUUAUUUAGAACAUCGUGGAGUCUCCAAUUUAGAAAAUAUAGAAACUGAAAUUUUGGUUAGUUUACAGGACAAAAGAUUAUAUUUUACAGACAUGCAAUACACGGAAUCCACCGAUAAAAUGGAUAGUACAAUCACAACCAUACUGCCAAGUGCCAAUUUAACAGUACUGUUAUCCAAUUCAAAUCAGACAGAAGUUGAGGAUUUCCAGUUCCCUAAAGAUGAUGUGCCUAAACCACCAUUACUCAUCGUGAAACCCUUUCAAUGUCAUUCUCUUCCCGGGAAAUUUGUUUUGCAGUGCUAUCGUCGUGAAAUACGCUUUACUUGGAUACCUCCAGAUGAUAAAAUUGCCAAAGCUAUGGUCAAAUUCCGUGAGUUCCACCAACCCAAAUUCACUACAAUGUCUGAUUACGGAUGGGGACAUUCCGGAGUUAAAUUUCGAAAUCAUACUAUUGCUUCACUCAAACCUAACCGCUUCUAUGAAUUCGGAUUGAAUUUGAUCUAUGAAAACAGCACCUUUGACCGGUUCCCGAAGAUUGGGUCAAAAGACUUAUGUACAUGUAAAACAUACCCUGAUGUACCUGAUGUACCAUUGAACCUACGGUACCAUUAUAUUCAAGGCAAUCAGUAUAAUCUAGAAUGGACACCAAAUAAUGAUAACGGUGAACCAAUAUUCACCUACAAUAUGAAAUCCAUGCCAAUUAUACCCAGUAAUACAGAACAUUCUAAAUGGGUCUCAAUUGCACCGCAUAAUUUAACAGAUAAGCAAGCCAAUAUUACACUUGACACAAAUCACCAAAGUGCAUUUCAGUUGAGAGCUGUUAAUAAGGUUGGAAUGAGUGAACCAGCUUAUUUAGUAAUAAGACCACCAUUUCAAAAAGUUCCAGAUAAGGGUUAUUCGUCACUGUUUCAGCCUUUAAAUCAAGUAACCAGCUUGCUGACUUACAGUUUGCUUUCAGUUGCCCUACUACUUUUGCUUCUAUUCCUAAUUGUACUACUAAUUUACAGACGUCGGCACAAAGAUGGGAAGUCUAACAAACACUCAUUUUUCAUUAGUUUCAAUCCAGCCAGACGUCUACAUUCAAGCAGUGGAAAUGGUUCAUCUAUACUUGGGCUUGGCAGUGAUCUGACAACAAGCGGAUUACCACUUGAUCUAGCUACACUAGAGCCAUUAUGGAAUCAAGAAGUUAAUUCCCUCUAUGGAAUUAGUAAACCUGACCUCAAUAACUUUGAACAAGUUCCACAAAUACCUGCUGCAAAUAUACGUUUUCUACGUUAUAUUGGAUGUGGAGCAUUCGGUAAAGUAUGGGAAGGCUGGCUACAUGUGCGUGAUGCAGAUGGAGAACGGUUUGAAAAAGUUGCACUUAAAGUACGAAACUGUAAGUCACUGACUGAAGCUGAAUUCAAACGUGAAGCAACUCUGAUGCACAAAUACCAACACACGAAUAUUGUGCGAUUUUUUGGCGUUUCAUUCGAUUCCCCUGGGCAACAGUGCUUAGUCUUGGAAAUGAUGGAUCAAGGCAACUUAAGAGAUUAUCUGCACCGGUCACGACCUAGAAUCGCUCCUGAUAUUGCUGCUAAUGUGUUUGCUGCCGCAGCUAUAUGUGCAGCUGCAGGGAAAACAGGAGGGUCAGAUGGCUCUUCAAUGAAUACAAGCAUGACUAGUACAGCAGCUGGAGGUGGAACACCAAGUGCUUCAAAUGUGAUCACUCUGACUGCACAACUUGAUUUGCCAGCACUGGUUGCCAUAAUGAGAGAUAUAUGUCAUGGGUGCCGUUAUCUGGAAGAACAACACUUUGUCCACAGAGACAUCGCUGCAAGAAACUGUUUAGUCAGUCACAAUCACUCAAGUGGGCGUAUAGUGAAGUUGUGUGAUUUCGGACUGGCACGUGAUAUAUACAAAAAUGACUACUAUCGUAAACGCAACGAGCCGAAACUACCUGUGAGGUGGAUGUCACCUGAAGCUAUUCGUGAUGGUUUAUUUACAACAAAAUCUGAUGUCUGGGCCUAUGCCGUUACCUGUUGGGAAGUUUUAACUCUUGGUGCUGAUCCAUUUUAUGGUCGAGCUAAUGUCGAUGUCAUGAAUCUGGUUAUUGGUGGACAUGUUUUAGGACGUCCAGAAAACUGUCCAGAAGAACUUUGCCUGAUCAUCUCCUCACUGCUCGUAAUACAUUCAAAUGGAGAAAUGGUGAACAACUGUGACCAAACGGAACUGACGCGUUAAUUUCUAGACAGCGAACACUGCCGCCUCAUACGUAAUUGAAGUGCUGAGUCAGACAAUACAAGUUCUGGUUAGCCAAUAGAACCAACUGGUUGCAAAUAGAAUACAUUUACAAUCAGUUACUGCAAUGUU